UUCAAACGCGCGUGUGUGUGUGUGUGUGUGUGAUUGUAAUUUGUGUAUGUGCUCUGAAUGUGUCUCCUCAUGAUAAAAGAAAAACUUCAAAAUCUCCCAUAUACCAACACAUAUGAUCUGGAAAUGAAUUAAAUCUACUAUAAGGAUAUAAGGAUUCAUCAUCAUCAUCAUCAUCAUCAUCAUCAUUUUUUUUUUGAUAAUCUUUAGGUCAACAUUACGAUUGUCGGCAAUUAUUAUUAUUAUUAUUGUAACAACAAUUUCAUAGGCCAUAAUAAUAAUAAUAAUAAUCUCAUCUAAAAUUAUCACACAAUCACAUCCAAACAACACCAACAACAACAACAAAAAUUGGAUGAAAAGAAAAAGUUAUUAUUGACCAAUCUCAUCUUUAUCAUUGUUUCUGUUGUAGGAUUUUUUUUUGUUUUGUUUUGUUUUGUUUUUUGUUUUUUAAUCGUGUGCAUAAACACUGUUUGCCUUCCAUAUUGUCGGUCCGGUUUUAUAUUUAUAUAUAGAAUAGAAAAAAACACGGAUAUAUAAGUGCAAAUUGAGGAAAUAACAACAACAACAACAACAGUCAAUUCAUGAUUAUAAUGGCAACGAUUAGAUUAAUUUGAUUUUCAUUACAAUUCAUCACCAACCAAUCAACCAACCAGCCACCCACUCACCCAUCCCAUUACACCUUGUCAUUAUCGCAUUGAAUUGUAUUUUUGUGCGUACCAAAACGAAAACAAAAAAAAAUUCCUUGGAAUUAUAAAUCAAGAAAAAUCUUUUGGACCAUCAAAUAAAACAAAAAUUUAAAUCCGUUUUUGAAAAUAAUCAAACAAAAGGAAGAAAAUAUAGUAAUCUGCAGAUGCAUCAUCGUAAUCAGCAUAAUCGUAGCAAUCAUCUUAUCACAUCUUGUUAGCUACACACACACAUCAAAUUAUCCAUGAAUUGAUGAGAAUUGAAUCGGAUCAAAAACUGAAGAAGAGAGAAAAAAUUUUUUUUCUACUACAUUGGCCGUCACCGGGGAAAAAAAAUUAGGGCCAUAAUAUUAUUAUUAUAACAAAGAAACGUACACACAAACACAGAGAGAAAAGACACCAUCAUGUAUGACGUCCAAAUUAGAACGAUUUUUCGCCACCAUCAACACCACCACUGCUGCCAUCAUAAUCAUCAUCACCAUCACAACCAUCAUCAUCAUCAUAGACAUCAUAUUAGAAUGGUGCCAAUAAGCUCUUGGUUCAUCGUACUACUUAUAUCGAUCAGUUCAAUUGGAACAUUGAUUGAUUGCCGUCGACAGCCACAGCCACAGCCAUCAACGAUAACGGAACGUUCAAAAUUUAUCGAUGACAAUGAUUCAAUUGAUUAUUUUAAUAUAAAUAAUAAUAACAACAAUAAAUAUAGCGAUGAAAUUGAUGAAGAAUUUGAUGAUUUUGAUUGUCCAGAAAAAUUUGGUUAUUAUCCGGAUGAAAAAAAUUGCUCAAAAUAUCAUCUUUGUGAUCAUGGAAAAUCGAGACUAAAAUCAUGCGAUGAUGGAUUAGUAUUUAGUACUAUAUUGAAAACAUGUGAUUGGCCAUACAACGUACAUUGUAAUCUUGCCAAUGGUGAUAGAGGUGAUUUUGUUGGUAGACAUCUUCGUUUACGCAAUAAUGCUGGUACAGGUGAUGUUGAUGACAAUAAUAAUAAAAUUGAUCAAUCAUUGAGUAAUCGUCGACAGCCAGUAUUGUCUAAUGAAGCUGAUGAUAGUUAUUGGCUUGGUCGUCCAAAUACUGAUCUAUUAGCAUAUUUAAAUGAUGAUAAUGAUUAUCAUGAUAUUCAUCAUGAAGAAUUUCAUCAUGAUUUUGAUAUUCCACGACGACCUGUUUUAAAUAAUCAAAAUCGUUUAGAAUCACAUCGAUCACUGGACGAUGAAACGGAAAACAAUAAACGAACCACAACCAGUAAUGAUGAUCAACCAUGGUUUCAGAACGUAAAUUUUGAUCAACGUCGACCAACGACGACGACGACGACGACAACAUCAACAUCAUCACAACCCAUUAUUUCGAUUAAUCAACGUGGAAAUCAAGGCUGGCGAAGCACUACACCAGCUAUAAACACACAGACAACUAGAACACCAACAAUGUUGCCACGAAAGGCUUUACGUUUCGGUGAUAAUGGUGAACAGGAAGAUUUUCUUGUUACUGAUGGUGGUGCUAAUCGUCAUGUACCAGAUAAUGAUCUCGGUGAUUAUCGACGUAAACCAGCGAAAAAUGAUCGUGAUAGUUAUCGAAUUGUUUCAUUUCAACAACAAAAUCCAAUAACAACAACUACACCACAAACGACGACUACAACAACAACAACACGAUCACAACCAAUUUGGUUUCAACAGACAACACCACCACCAACAACUGCAAUACAAACCGCAACACAAAUAGAAUCACGACCUAGACAUCUUGGAACUUCUGUACGCCGGAAAGUUAUUCGUAAAAAAGUUAUUCCACAAAUUACCACAACAAUUUCGACGACUUCAACAACAACUACAACAACAACACCGGCACCAACAUUUAGAAGUGUAGCCGAUUUUUGGAACAAUAAUGAUCCAUGGAAAUCUUUCCGUUAUGAACCGGUUAAUCGUGGUCAAUCGAAUCCAACCACUUUGAAUCCGCCGACAACUAUUGGUCCAAAACAUAUUAGUUCAAUUCGACGAACCAUACCUAAAUUUGAAAAUCGACAACGUUUCGAACGAAAACCCGUUCUACGAGAUGAAAGUGAAGAUGCUAAUGAACGUAUAAACGAUGAUGAUGAUGACGAUGAUUAUGUUGUUGGCAGAAAUUUUGUCUACAAUACACCAGAAAUUGUACGAAAUAAAAAUUCAAGCCAUCGCCUUCAUAUGGAUGAUGAUUUAUUAUUGCCAAAAAAUAAGGUCAAAGAUGUUUCCAAUAAUAUAAAUAGUGGUGGUGGUGGUGGUGGUGGUGGUGUAAGAUUUAAACCGGUCAAUCCAAGACCAGUAACACCAUCAACAAUAACAACAACAACAACGACAACAACAACAACAACCGCCCAUGGUAAUAGAAGAAAUAAUAAUCGAAACAAUAAUCAAAAUUUAAACAAUGCAUUCGAUGCUGGUUUCCGUCAUGCAAUAUUGCCAAUAAAUCGUCCAAUUAGUUCAUCAUUACAGCAUCAACCACCACCACCACCACCACCACUCCCAUCAUCGAAUACCGAUAUUGAAUAUGAAGAUUUAGAAAAUGAAGAUGAAGAUGAAGAUGUUGAUGAUAUCGGUGCAAGUGAUCAUGAUGAUGAUAAUAACAACUUCAAUAACCGGUCGAAUGAUGAAAAUAACUACCAUCAUCAACGUUAA